GCUCCGGCCCCGCGGGUUUGUCCGUCCGCCCGUGUCCGCCUGCCCCUCACUCGCCGGGAAGAUGGCUGCCGUACGCCGGGCCCGCAGUUACUCCCGCUGCGUGGUGCGCUUCUCCGACCGAGAACUCUGCUAAUUUCCCCCGCGGGGACGACGCGCGGGCCGAGCGGGGGGGACGAAGGGCCCCGGGACGGGACGGCGCCGCCCGAGCGCCGGCAGCAUGGCAGAAGCUGAAGAAGAUUGUCACUCUGAUAUGGUAAGAACUGAUGACAACGAAAGAUCUGGUGAAGCAAACCUUCAGGCAGAGCUGCAGAUGUUCAGAGCUCAGUGGAUGUUUGAGCUUGCCCCAGGUGUGAGUUCUAGUGGAUUGGAACCUCUGCCAUGCAGAACAUCGUCAAGAGGACCUGGAGUAAAAUCUGUAGAUACCAGAGGGAAACAGGAGAUAGCAAAAGAGGAAAAGGCAAAAGAACUUUUCCUGAAAGCAGUGGAAGAAGAGCAAAAUGGGGCCCUUUAUGAAGCCAUCAAGUUUUAUCGCCUAGCCAUGCAGCUUGUCCCUGACAUCGAGUUUAAGAUCGCCUAUACGCGGUCCCCAGAUGGGGAUGGAGUUGGAAAGCGGUGCGUUGAGGAUAAUGAAGAGGAUGGCAAAAUGGCUGAUCUCCUGUCAGAUUUCCAGCAACAGUUAACUCUUCAGGAAUCUUCUGUCAAACUUUGUCAGCCUGAGCUUGAUGUCAACCAAACCCAUAUCUCAGCGUUGCCUCUGGAGGUACUAAUGUACAUUUUCCGAUGGGUGGUUUCGAGUGACUUGGACCUGAGAUCAUUAGAGCAAUUAUCUCUGGUUUGUCGAGGAUUUUACAUUUGUGCCAGAGAUCCUGAAAUCUGGCAUCAAGUCUGUCUGAAAGUAUGGGGCAGGAGCUGCAAUAAACUUGUUCCAUAUUCUUCCUGGAGGGAAAUGUUUUUGGAAAGGCCUCGUGUUCGAUUUGAUGGUGUAUAUAUCAGCAAGACAACAUACAUACGCCAAGGAGAACAAUCUCUUGAUGGUUUCUAUAGAGCAUGGCACCAAGUAGAAUAUUACAGGUAUUUGAGAUUCUUUCCAGAUGGCCAAGUUAUGAUGCUUACGACGCCUGAAGAUCCGCAAUCUAUUGUUCCUCGCUUACGGACUAAAAAUACAAGAAUGGAUGCAAUCUUGCUUGGUCAUUAUCGCCUUUCCCAGGAAACGGACAAUCAAACCAAAGUAUUUGCUGUAAUAAUGAAGAAAAAAGAAGAGAAACCUGUUGACUACCACAAAUACAGAUAUUUCCGUCGUGUUCCAGUACAAGAGACAGAGCAUAGUUUUCAUGUAGGACUUCAGUUGUGCUCCAGUGGACGCCAGACAUUCAACAAACUUGUUUGGAUACAUCAUUCUUGUCACAUAACUUACAAGUCGACCGGUGAGACAGCAGUUACUACUUUUGACAUUGACAAAAUGUACACCCCUUUGUUCUUUGCACGAGUGAAGAGUUACACUGCAUUUUCAGAAAAGCCGCUCUAAGGAACACCUUUUCCUCUCACAGAUCAUGCAUGAAUAAAAGGUUGUAGCCAACCAGCACUUAAGUUAUAAAUGUGUAUAUAUUUGGAGCAUUUUAAAAUUCCAGGGUUGUUUUUUUUUUGAGGGUGUUAUUGUUCUCCUCGGUUCUGACUGGCUGGGGUUUUGUUCUGAGAUAAAGCUUCUCAGUGUGUUAAACACCUUUACUUUGUGACAAGAAUUUGGUAACAAAGUUUUUAUUUUUUUUUAAACAGAUUUUAUAAAUCAGUCUGCUUAAAAUGUGAGUCUUCAUCUCCCUGGACAUUGGUUUGUUCAAAAAGAAUUGCCAUAGGAAAUUCUCAUUGUCCAUGGGACAGUGUUUGUGGUCUUGGGUGAAGGCUUGAAAUAUGAAUGGAAGAAAGUUGUUCUUAUAUUUGUUAAACUGUGUGACUUAAAAUAAUUUCAAAUAAACAUUCUCUUCAAAUUAAA